AUGAACCCCACGAAAACAGCAGCCAUCAGGGCAGUUCGCACUAUGCGAAAGACACCUGCAUCUUUGGCCCCAACAGGUCAAGCAGCUAGAAUGUCAUCAAUAACUUCUCUGCCAAAAGCAUCCAUUGUCGCUGCACCUUCUGCCAUGAAAAUACCACGUCGAGGAGUAAAGACUCUUGACUUUGGAGGUACCAAGGAAACUGUAUGGGAGCGAGCCGACUACCCUCGUGAAAAGCUCCAUCAAAUCUUUGCCAACGACACAUUCGCCGUCAUUGGCUAUGGCACACAAGGAAUGGCCCAAUCUCUCAACUUGCGAGACAAUGGUCUCAAAGUCGUAGUCGGCCUCCGUGAAUCCGGUCCAUCAUGGCAAAAGGCAAUCAACGAUGGCUGGGUCCCCGGAAAGACUCUCUUGUCUAUCGAAGAAGCCGCUACAAAGGGUACCAUCUUGAUGUAUCUCCUGUCCGAUGCCGGUCAAAAGACAAUGUGGCCUGAAUUUAAAAAGUUUGUGACAAAGGGAAAGACUCUGUACUUUUCUCAUGGGUUUGCUGUUGUAUACCAUGACCAGACUGGUGUCGUGCCUCCUAAAGACGUAGAUGUUAUCUUGGCUGCUCCUAAAGGAUCAGGUGCUACCGUCCGAAGCUUGUUUUUGGAAGGUCGAGGAAUCAACUCGUCGGUUGCUGUCUACCAAGAUGCCACUGGUAAAGCUCGUGAACGUGCUUUUGCUGCUGGUGUCGCUAUUGGAUCUGGUUAUCUCUACGAAACCACCUUCCAAAAGGAAGUCUACUCAGACUUGACUGGUGAACGUGGUGUCCUCAUGGGUGCCAUUCAAGGAAUGUUCCAGGCUCAGUACGAAGUUUUGCGUGCCAAGGGUCACUCUCCAUCGGAAGCCUUCAACGAGACUGUAGAAGAAGCUACGCAAUCCUUGUACCCUCUCAUUGCCAAGAACGGUAUGGACUGGAUGUACGCCAACUGCUCAACAACCGCUCAGCGUGGUGCUUUGGACUGGGCUCCAGAGUUCUACACUGCAACUCUCCCAGUGUUUAAGCGCUUGUAUGCAUCCGUCGAGAAUGGAUCUGAAACCAAACGUACUCUCGACAAGAACUCACGAUCAGACUACCGUGUUGAACUUGACAAGGAACUCAAGGCCAUCCGUGAAAGUGAAAUGUGGAGAGCUGGUGUUACUGUUCGUGGAUUGAGACCUGAAAACCUUAAAAAGUAG